AAUUGUAAAAAGAUAAAAUAAAAUCACAAAAUAUAUAAUAAAUAAUAAAAAUAAUUACAAAACUUUUAAAAAUGACGGAAACAACUGCGCCGAGUGACAUCAAAUCUUCCCAAAUAAACCGCUCAAUAAUACCAUUAGCUGGCAAUGACGACAAUGUGCCAUUCUCAUUACGUGAACUUGAAUUGUUGUAUGAAGAAAUUUGCAAGGACCGCAAGAAGAAAGAAGACUGGCGCGACGAUAGUCGGCAUCCGAGCUAUACAAAAUUUACAGUGCCUUACCACUUCAAAUGUCGCGAUCGCUAUCAUAGGAGUAAAAGAGAGUAUGAGGAGCAGUUUCAACGUGAAAUCGCUCAAUUAAUGAAUAAUCUGAACACGGCAUACGAAGCUGCACGUUUCAAUCGGU